GGCAGCCGGCAGCUCCUGGGCCACAUGCACCCCGAAGUGCUGCAGGUGAUGGAUGAGAUCAAGGCGGGCAUCCAGUACGCCUUCCAAACCCAGAACCGACUGACCCUGGCCAUCAGUGGCAGUGGCCACUGUGCCCUGGAGUGGUUUGUGGCUUAUCCACUGGGCAAAUCCAUGGUAGGCCAGACCCUGGCAGGAGCUGAUGUCCAAGAGCUGCUGAAGCCCCCAGGCGAGUACUUCACUCCACAGGACAUUGAAGAGGGCCUGGUGCAGCACAACCCCUUGGUGCUCUUCAUCACCCACGGCGAGUCCUCCACUGGAGUGCUGCAGCCACUGGAGGGGCUGGGCGAGCUGUGCCACCGGCAUGGCUGUCUGCUGCUCGUGGAUGCAGUGGCAUCGCUUGGGGGAGCUCCCAUCUUCAUGGACCAGCAGGAGAUCGACGUCCUAUACUCGGGGUCCCAGAAAGUCCUCAACGCCCCCCCGGGCAGUGCCCCCAUCUCGUUCAGCGAGCGAGCCAGGGAGAAGGUGCUGAGGAGGAAGAUGAAGCCCCCUUCCUUCUACCUGGACAUAGGCUGGCUGGCCAGCUACUGGGGCUGUAACGGGGAGCCGCGGAGGUACCACCACACAGCACCCAUCAACAGCUUCUUCAGCCUGCGGGAAGGCUUGGCCAUGCUGGCAGAGCUGGGUCUGGAGAGGUCCUGGGAGCGACACCAGGCCAACUGCACCCGGCUGUGCCAGGGGCUGGUCGACCUGGGGCUCGAGCUCUUCGUAAAGGAGGAGAAGGCAAGACUUCCCACCAUCACCACUGUCAGGGUGCCUGAGGGCUACAACUGGAAGGACAUCACGGCCUUUCUGAUGGACAAGUAUGCCAUGGAGAUUGCCGGGGGCUUGGGCCCCACAGUGGGCAAGGUCCUGCGCAUCGGCCUCAUGGGCUGCAACUCGACCAGCGACAACGUGGACCGUCUGCUUCACGCCCUGCGGGAUGGCUUGUCAGCCCCUUUCCAAGCUGACACGAGGGCUGGAUACGAGAUCUGUGCACAGAUCCCUUCCCCUCCCACCACCACCAACCUCAGCUGA